AUGUAUAAAUGCUUAUAAGUAAAUCAUGAAAACGAAGCCAUAAUAGGAUUUUGUUUUAAUUCUAAGUGUUAAUGUGCUUCCUAAUAUUGUAUCAAAUGCUUAAUUGAAUUACAUUAAGGUCAUCAAUCUGAUUGCAUUGGAUUAUUAACAAUUCCUGAUUUUAUAAAUAAAUAUAUUUCAUAUUAGAGUUAAUAGAUAAAAAAUUCAAAAGAUAUCUACUUUCGAGUAGAAAAGAAGAUUGUUUCAAAAAUGAAAAGAAUGGAUGAAAAUAUUUAAAAUCUAAAAAUUUUGGAUUAAGCAUUACAAAACGAGGAUUACAUCAAAUUAAAAUCAUCNCUUCGUGAGCUUGAUUAGAUUUCAUACUAUAAACUAUAUAAUAUUAACUAAUUAUCAAUUGUUAUUCAAUAUCAAGUGAUAUUUUAAUGCACUUCAUUUUAUAUUUUUGAUCCAGUUUUAUAUAAAUAUUUAAAAACUAUGUAACAAUUGUUUUAUUAAAUGUUGAAUUAAAAUUAGAUCCAUAUUUUUUAUUUUCAAUUGUAUAAAUGUAAUAGUCGAGCUCUUAGAAUAAAAAAGUAAUUUAAUUGUAAUGAGAAUCAAGGAUCUAACUUUAGAUAAGAUUAUUAUUGA